AUGGCAGAGCUGGAAAACCCUGAUAUGAAUGCAGUGACCUAUGAUGAUGUGCAUGUUGGCUUUACUUGUGAAGAGUGGUCUUUGCUGGAUCCUUCCCAGAAGAAUCUCUACAAAGAUGUAAUGCUGGAGACGUACUGGAACCUCAAUAUUAUAGGAUACAGUUGGGAAUACCAUGAUAUUGAAGAACAUUGUGAAAGUUCUAGAAGACAUGAAAGGCAUGAAAGAAGCCAAACUGUAGAGCAACCUUCUGUAUAUAUUCAAUGUGGUCAAGACUUUGCAUACAAUUGUCAACUUCAAAGGCAUAAAAGAUCACAUACUGGAGAGAAACCCUAUGAAUGUAAUCCAUAUGGUAAAGCCUAUGUUCAUCACAGUAAUCUUCAAAUUCAUAAAAGAACACAUAUUGGAGAGAAAUCCUAUGAAUGUAAUCAAUGUGGCAAAGCCUUUACUUAUCACAAUCAUCUUCAAGUACAUAAAAGAACACAUACUGGAGAGAAACCCUAUGAAUGUAAUCAAUGUGGUAAAGCCUUUGCAAGUUAUAGUGAUCUUGAAAUGCACAAAAGAACACAUACUGGAGAGAAACCCUAUGCGUGCAUUCUGUGUGGUAAAGCUUUUGCACAUCGCAGUCAUCUUCAAAGCCGCGAACGAACACAUACUGGAGAGAAAUCCUAUGAAUGUCAUGAAUGUGGUAAAACCUUUGUUUACCACAAUGCUCUUCAGUUACAUAAAAGAAGGCAUACUGGAAAGAAACCCUAUGAAUGUAAUGAAUGUGGUAAAAUCUUUGUUUACCACAGUGCUCUUCAGUUACAUAAAAGAAAGCACACUGGAGAGAAACCCUAUGAAUGUAAUCAGUGUGGUAAAGCAUUUCCUUAUCUCAAUAGUCUUCAAGUACAUGAAAGAAUACAUACUGGAGAGAAACCCUAUGAAUGUAAUCAAUGUGGUAAAGCCUUUGCAUGUCAAAGUAGUCUUCAAAGGCAUAAAAGAACACAUACUGGGGAGAAACCCUAUGAAUGUAAUCAGUGUGGUAAAGCCUUUACUCAUCACAAUGCUCUUCAAGUGCAUAAAAGAAUACAUACUGGAGAGAAACCUUAUGAAUGUAAUCAAUGUGGUAAAGCCUUUGCAUGUCAAACUGGUCUUCAAAGGCAUAAAAGAACACAUACUGGAGAGAAACCCUAUGAAUGUAAUCAGUGUGGUAAAGCCUUUACACAACACAGUAAUCUUCAAAGGCAUGAAAGAACACAUACUGGAGAGAAAUUCUAUGAUUGUAAUCAAUGUGGUAAAGCCUUUCCUAAACACAGUAAUCUUCUAGUAUAUAAAAGGCCACAUACUGGAGAGAAACUGUAUGAAUGUAAUGAAUGUAGUAAAGCCUUUGCUGAUCACAGUUAUCUUAAAGUACAUAAAAGAACACAUACUGGAGAGAAUCCCUAUGAAUAUAAUGAAUGUGGUAAAGCCUUUGCUGAUCAUAGUUAUCAUAAAGUACAUAAAAGAACACAUGCUAGAGAGAAUCCCUAUAAAUGUAAUUAA